UCUAGUCCUCUCUAACCAACGAACUUCCAAUUUCAAAAUUCGAAUUCGAAUUUCUAAUUUUAAGCUUUCGUCGGAGAAAAAAAAUGAAGGAGAUCGCGUCGAAGCGCAAGGCUGAGCCAACGCCGUUCCCCGGGAAGAAGCUCCUAUCGACGCGUUUACGCCGGAAGAGAGCUCAGAUCUCUCCCGUUGUUGUUCAGUCACCUCUCUGGAGCAAACAAAUCGGAGUCUCUGCUGCUUCUGUCGAUUCCUGCUCCGAUUUUCUUUUCGUAGCCGAUGACAACGUUUCCUGUGGUUCGAGCAGAGUCGAGAAGACUCGAAUUGAAGAGAUAGAAGUUUCUAAACCUGUUAGAGAUGCGGUGAAGGAGACGGUUGGUGAUUCGAAGUUCCGGAGGAUUACGAGGUCAUACGCUAAGCUACACAAGGAGAAGGAAGCAGAUGAGAUCGAAGUAAGCGAAUCGUCUUGUGUUGAUUCGAGUUCCGGUGCUGGAUUGAGGAGAUUGAAGGUGAAAGGAAACGUCGGAGUAGAAAUCAACGAGAACGACGAAAUCUCUUACUCACGAUCCGACGUUACCUUCGCCGAGCAUGUCUCCAACAGCCGGAAUUUGAGUUUCGGAUCGGAGAAUAAGGAGAGCGACGUCGUUUCAUUCAUAUCGGGAGUGGAGUACUGUUCCAAGCUUGGGAGUGUUACCGGAGGAGCUGAUGAUAACGAAGAAAUUGAAAUCUCCAAACCGAUCAGCUUCGUGGAAGCUGAUUCCUCUCUUGUAUCGGCUAAGGAAUCGAAGCCGGAGCUUGAGAUAGUCGGAUGCGUCUCUGAUCUCGCUUGCUCUGAGAAGUUCUCGGACGAAGAGGUUUCAGAUUCUCUGGACGAGGAUGAGUCAUCCGAGCAGCGUUCAGAGAUAUAUUCUCAGUAUUCCGACUUCGAUUGCUCGGAUUACACUCCGUCGUUAUAUUUCGACUCUGGUAGUGAAUUCUCUGAGAAAUCGUCCUCUGAUUCUCCUAUUUCGCAUUCUCGCUCUCUGUACCUCGAGUUCAAGGAACAGUUCUGUAGAUCCACAAUUCCGAACGAACUAGGAUCUUCUUGCCAAGAAGAAUUUCUCUCUGAAGUGCUAAGGUUUGAUGAUGAGGAGGUGGAAGAGAGUUAUCAAAGGCUGAGGGAAAGAGAGAGGAGUCUUGCAUAUAUGCGGGACUGUGCUAAAGCUUACUGUUCCAGGAUGAACCAUACUGAUAUCAUCACACGUCUACGCUGCAUCAUGGUUCAAUGGAUUGUGGAGCAAUGUUCUAAAAUGGAGCUUCAGCAAGAGACAUUGUUUCUAGGAGUUGGUCUGUUGAAUCGAUUCCUGAGCAAAGGAUUAUUCAAAAGCGAAAGGACUCUAAUACUAGUCGGGAUUGCGAGUCUUACUCUGGCCACCAGAAUUGAAGAAAAUCAACCUUACAACAGCAUCCGGAAAGGGAACUUCAGAAUUCAGAACCUAAAAUAUAGCCGGCAUGAAGUAGUGGCAAUGGAGUGGCUGGUUCAAGAAGUCCUCAACUUCAAAUGCUUCACACCCACAAUCUUUAACUUCUUGUGGUUCUACUUAAAAGCUGCUCGAGCCAAUCCAGAAGUUGAAAGGAAAGCCAAAUCCCUGGCUAUUACCUCACUAUCCGACCACACUCAACUCUGUUUUUGGCCCUCAACUGUAGCUGCUGCACUCGUAGUUCUCGCCUGCAUCGAACACAACAAAAUCUCUGCCUACCAACGAGUCAUAAAGGUCCAUGUUAGAACAACAGAUAACGAGUUGCCUGAAUGCGUCAAGAGUCUGGACUGGUUGCUUGGGCGGUAAGCAAUCAAAAAGGAGCAACAACCAGGAUACAGUAUACUCCGAUACGUACACACAGGUUAUGAUUACCAUUUACAAAACAAACACAAGGUAAAGUAAUAAGAAAAUCCUCUACAGAUUUAUAUACUUAAUUGAGCUGGACUCACUUAGUUAGCUCUUCGGAAACUAGUAUACCAAUUAUUUGGCCACCUGUCGCCAUACACAUUUAUUCUCUUCUUUUCCCCAAUACAUUAUACUACCAUAUUAUAUAUAUUUCCUUGUUCAAAAUUUCCUCUAUAUUACGUCUGAAAGAUUUCUAUUUUUCUAAUAGUCACCAUCUCUUUUUAAUUUGGUUAGAAGAUGAAAGUUUCUGAUCUCUCUAAUAUGAAUAAGCUUACCAAGUCCAACUUAAAAAAAGAGAGAGAAGUAACCGAAUUUAACGAAGUAUUUGACAAAGGAUAAUAGUUUAUUCGCGCACUCUCUAUAGAAUACAUUUAUCUCCCAUCAAAAUACAGCCGUCUCUUGGUAAGCACUAAGGAGAGACUAGCGUCUCAAAAUAAGUGUUUGACAUUUUCACUUUGAUUUCAAGUUUGUUUCUUUUUUUUUCUUCACUCAAAGAACUUAAUUUUCUUAAAACUCUCAUUCAUUCAUUUUUCCAUUUUUUUACAACUUCACACACAUUACAUUACUUAUAGUAGAUUUCUUUUACACUCAUUCAUUUAGACUCUAAACUUAGCAACUAUUAUAUCAUUAUAUCUAGAUAUUAGACUUCUGGACACAAGCAACCUUACACAACCUUACCUUAGCUAUUAGCCACUAACAACUCCAACAACUAUUAUCUACUUUAGUCUAAUUAAGGUUUUCAUCAACUUCCUUAGUUAAACUAAGUAAACAACACAAGACUUUUAUUUUGGGUCUAACACUACUAAUAGUCUAAAGAACACUAAAUACACAAACCUUAAGUAGGCUUAACUCCAGCCCAUUAGUCUUCUUAAUUCACAACAACAAAAUAGCGAUCUUCUCCUUCCUCUUUUCUCUUCUCCGUACGACCACUUCUUCUUCUCCGACUAACUUCCGAUCUUCUUGUUCUUCAUCAUCUUAGUCUCACUCUUUUCGUCUUUCUCUUUUGCAGGGCAAAUCGAAGACUCAUCCCUCAACAAUAAGGCAUAGGGAAAAUACGACGUAAAGCAUUUACCAGAAGAGAUGCGAUAACAAAUAUGGUUUUUGGAACCACAUAG